CAAACUUCCUCUCCCAGCCACACAGGAAGUUGAGCGGGCUCAGGGCCCAGCCCUGCGCAAGCACAGGCCCCCAGGACCCCUGGGGCAAGGGCCCCGCUGCCGGAGGUGGCCCUGCAGGGACCAUGGGAUCCAAAGCAGAAGGGGAUCCACCUGCCGUGUUCGAUUGGUUCUUUGAAGCAGCCUGUCCUGCCUCCCUGCAGGAGGAUCCCCCCAUCCUGCGGCAGUUCCCCCCAGACUUCAGGGACCAGGAGGCUAUGCAGAUGGUGCCUAAAUUCUGCUUCCCUUUUGAUGUGGAAAGGGAACCCCCGAGUGCAGCUGUGCAGCAUUUCACCUUCGCCCUCACCGACCUGAGCGGCACCCGCCGAUAUGGUUUCUGCCACCUACGGGCUGGUGCCCACAGUUGCCUCUGCAUCCUCAGUCACCUGCCUUGGUUUGAGGUGUUCUACAAGCUGCUGAACACAGUGGGCGAUCUCCUGGCCCAGGACCAAGUCUCUGAGGUUGAGGAACUUCUCCUAAACCUCCUGCAGCAGCCCCUGCCUGGGACUCAGGCGUCAGUCGAGCUGGGCCGCGGAGUGACUGUCUCCAGUGCGCAAAGCAUCCCGCCCCCUGCCCCCGGGAACAGCGGGCCGCUUUCCUGCUUCGUAGCCCCCGACUCCGGCCGCCUGCCAUCCAUUCCUGAGAACAGGAACCUAACGGAGCUGGUGGUGGCGGUAACCGACGAGAACAUCGUGGGGCUGUUCGCCGCGCUCCUGGCGGAGAGAAGGGUCCUACUCAUCGCCAGCAAGCUGAGCACCCUGACAUCGUGCGUCCACGCGUCCUGCGCCCUCCUGUACCCCAUGCACUGGGAGCACGUGCUGAUCCCCACGCUGCCGCCGCACCUGCUAGACUACUGCUGUGCGCCCAUGCCCUACCUCAUCGGAGUGCACUCCAGUCUCGCCGAGAGAGUGCGGGAGAAAGCUCUGGAGGAGGUCGUGGUCAUGAACGUGGACUCCAAUACCUUGGAGACGCCCUUCGACGACGUGCAAGCUUUGCCCCCAGACGUGGUGUCCCUGCUGAGGCUGCGGCUAAGGAAGGUUGCUCUGGCACCCGGGGAAGGGGUUUCCCGUCUUUUCCUCAAAGCGCAGGCUCUGCUCUUCGGGGGCUACCGCGACGCGCUCAUCUGCAGCCCGGGCCAGCCUGUGACCUUCAGCGAAGAAGCCUUCUUGGCCCAGAAGCCCGGGGCGCCCCUGCAGGCCUUCCAUCGACGGGCUGUGCACCUGCAGCUGUUCAAACAGUUCAUUGAAGACCGACUGGAGAAACUGAACACGGGAGAGGGCUUCUCAGAUCUCUUUGAGCAGGAGAUCACCCGCAGCGGGGGCUCCUCAGGCGCUGUUCGCUCCUACCAGCUCUGGGCAGACAACCUAAAGAAAGGUGGUGGUGCCCUCCUGCAUUCUGUCAAGGCCAAGACCCAACCAGCUGUCAGAAACAUGUACCGCUCGGCCAAGAGCGGCUUGAAGGGUGUGCAGAGCCUUCUGAUGUACAAGGAUGGGGACUCUGGCCUGCAAAGGGGGGGUUCCCUGAGAGCCCUGUCCCUCACCAGCCGAUCAGAUCGCCUGCAGCAGCGCCUGCCUAUCACCCAGCACUUUGGAAAGAACCGGCCCCUGCGCCCUAGCAGAAGAAGGGGGCUGGAGAGCCCUUCUGAGUCCCUGGAGGAGGGGGCACCUUCUCUGAGCCCUGAGGAUGCCCAGGACCCAUGGGCAGAGGAAGCUCUGGACAGCAGUUUCCUGGGGUCCGGAGAAGAGCUGGAUUUGCUGAGUGAGAUUCUGGACAGUCUAAGCAUGGGAGCCAGCAGGACGGGGGGCCUGCGGCCCAGCCAGAGCUUGGACUGCUGCCACAGAAGGGACCCAGACAGCUGCUUCAGUUUGGUGAGAGCCCCCCAGUCCUCCCCCUCUAGUCCGUCUUUCUUCCCAGCCCCUCCAGCUUCUGAAGGCCAGCAACUUGCCCAUCUCCCCACCCCUAUCCAGCCUGACAUCCCAGGAACAUCAAGAUGGCAACCAGAUGAGGAAAAACCACCAGAGCCUCAGCCCCUGUCCCUACCUGCUGACCUGCCAUCUCUGCAAACCCUCCAGCCUUUGGAUGCCAUGACCUCCUCAAAGGACCCUAUUUCCCAGCCACACUUGGAGGCCAACCAAGAAAUCAUCUUUUCAUCCCAGUCCUCAUUGGCUUCCGCGGAUCCAAGCAGCCAAGGAGACCCUGAGCCCCAUCUUCUAAUCCUACAUCUCUCUCCUUCCCCCAAGACAGCCAAAGAUCCCAGGGCCCAGGAGAGCCCCUGCGCCCAGCUCUCCACAGCACCCACCCAUUCCAGCCCUCUGGAAAGUCCCCAACUUCUGGUCCCCGCAAAGCCCAACUUGGAUAUUACCUGGACAUCCCAACCCCUUGAUUCUUCCUCAGAUCCUGGUUCCCCAGAGGACCCCAGAUCCCAGCCCUCUGAUGUCCCACAGGCAGAGCACGCUCACCUCCAGCUCCCAGAGGGGCCAGAGGCCCUCAGAUCCCCUGCUGCACCUGCCAACUGGCAGGAACCCCAGGCUUGGAGCCGGCCCAGAGUCGCUGAGCUUAAAAAGUGUUUUGAAGGUUAAGAAUCAGGGACCUGGAAGAGACCCCAGUCCUUCAAUAAAGCCACAAGAAC